UUCCGAGUUCCGAGUGCGAGAUACUUGUCAAAAAACUUGUUUCGUGUCGUGCUAUGCUAUCGGCCGUGUUGUGGUUAAACUGAGUUUGUAUCCCAGAAUUUAAUAUUUAUCUUUAGUAUAUUAUAAAACUGGUGUUGGCAAUAGCAUGAUACUUUUGUAGGGUUCUAGCAAAUGAAGCGAAAAUGGAGGAAGAGGCCAUAUCUAUGAGUGAUGUUUUGCAUAAUAACGGUGAUAUCGAAUGGCAACCACUAGCUCUUACUUUAGUAGAAUACCCAAAGGGAGACUGGCUUGGAAAGUUCUUCGCACUUAUUAGCCUGUCCCCAUUUGGUAUUGGUGCUGGGUUUGUUGCCCUUAUUUUGUUUCGUCGUGAUCUUCACACUAUAACUUUUUUUACUGGCACAUUGGUGAAUGAGGUGUUGAAUAUAAUAUUGAAACACAUAGUAUGUGAAGCCAGACCUUUGUCAAGAGGCCAUCUAUACAAUGAAUAUGGAAUGCCAUCAUCACAUGCUCAAUUUAUUUGGUUCUUUAGUAUUUAUGUUCUAUAUUUUGUAUUAAUCAGAUUACACCAUAUAAAUAAUAAUAGUAUAAUAUCAGCAUUAUGGAGGGUGAUUAUAGUUGGCGGCUGUAUGUUCCUAGCGUUGCUAGUAAGCAUUGCUAGGGUAUACUUACACUAUCACACUACAUCCCAAGUUGUAGUCGGUGGAAUAGUUGGAUUUAUUUUUGCAACGCUAUGGUUUGCAAUAGUUCACAGAGUUUUCACACCACUGUUUCCACAGCUAGUAUCAUUAAAACUAUGUGAAAUGUUGAUGAUAAGAGAUACAACGCUGAUACCCAAUGUACUCUGGUUCGAGUACACGACGUCGCGGCAGGAGGCGCGAGCGCGCGGCCGCAAGAUGGCAGCUCUGAAGCCGACGCAAUGACGGUGCGCGUGCGCGCGCGGCUCGGGCGCCGCCGUGCGGCCGCGCGCGUGACGCCUGGCGGCCGCCGCGGCGCUCGCGCUGCUCGGUGGCGUGCUCCUCACUAAAUCUGAUCCUGCUCGCUCCCUCCUCCCUUAACUAUGGACGUCUUCAUUUCAUGCAUAACAUCUCAGUCGGCAGAAAAAUCGUUCCCAAGAGGAAUUUGGUGAAUACUAGCUUACAUAAUACAGUUAUUUAAUAAUGUUGUAAUCUUAAUGAUGCAAUAAUAAUUGAUUUUAAUGUUAUAUAAUAGUGUAAUAGAUAAUGUGUAGGGUUAUUUCUGUUGAUUUUAAUUUGAGGUGUAUUGUACAUUUUGGAAUCUGUAGUAUUGACGUAAAAUUACAUGGGAUACUUCUACAUGAUUGUGCUUGUGGUAGUGUUGAUGUGUCAGAACUAGUGUAGUCUUUAUUUUAUGGUUCUUCUUAAGAUUUUGGUUUGAUCCAUUAGCUGUCUACUACACUCUCCUUAUCAGACAAAAUGUUACCUACUUAUGGCAGCUUAAAACUGACUAGAAUUCCAAGUUCAGUCACAUCAACAAUAACAUGUUUAGACAUACAUUGAGCCAAGUGUUGUUACAUUAAAAGUAAUCAGUUAUAGCAAAAUAUAAAAAAUGAUUACAUUAGGAAGAGUAUUAAAUAAUGAUACAAAAACCUUCUCACGGUUUCACACGGUUGUGUUAAAAUGUAGGUAUAUUUGUAUAAUCACUAAAAAUCUAGUAAAGAUAAGCCUUUCAAUACUUAUUAAAUUUGUAUUUUUGAAUAAUGUAAUAAUCAUGCUUCUAAAGAUACAAAAUACUAAUCAGAUAGUAAUCAACAAAUUUUCAUUAGUGCCUACAUAGACCAUGGACUCGCGAGAUUAACAUAGUACAAUGGAUAUAAACACUUUUGUACUGAGUUGACCUUUAUGAAUGUUGUAAGUUACUUAAUUUACUUAUGGGUGAACUUCGCCCUGAAAAUAUAUUGAUUAUAGAUUUUUAAGAAUAUAAUCGAAAGAAAUCAUAGAACCAAAGAAAGCCACGCUAGCUUGGUAAUACAAGUGACAGAUUUCCAGAUCAAACACAGUAAAUUAUAUACAAAAUAUAUAGGCUUUAGCCAAUAUUCUAUUAAGCAUUCAAUCCAUAGCACUUUGUUGAAUUGGCUGAAAUUACUCGAUUUUUUAUAUCUAAAUGUUUGUGGGUAAAUUAAAUAUUAUGUAUAUUGCCUAAAAUAUUUCUAUAUUAUAUAACAUAAAUAAUAUAAUUAUUAUGAACAAGUUUGAAUUUCAAUAUUAUAAUUGUAUAAACAAAUUGAAACUAGAGACAACCUGCAAAGGAAUCCACAGGCAUAUUUAAUAAUUUAAAUUGCUGCUGAUCUAUUUAAAUAAAGUUGUAAUUUUAUAGGGAUUUCUAUAAAGCAUACAAAAAAACUGACUAUAAAGAAUGAUUAAUGACGCUACUUUUGUUGAGAUUAACACUAAAUGAAUAUAUCUUAUAGAAUAAUAAUAAACUACAAAUUUUAUGAUUUUUGAUAGUUGGUAGGUAAUUAUUAUUACCUAAAAAUUAGUAAACAGAUGAGGCCCUAGCCAGAAUCAUUUUUUAAAAUAUGUAUUUGUUCUUUGUAUAAUUAAUUGUAUCGCGUUAAUGGAUGUAUAUUAUAGAAUCGACUUAGGUACACCUUGUUUACAAUAAAAAGUUAUACAUGAUAACUAGUCUACCAUCCUAAACCACAAAUGAAAUUAAUAUUGCCUUAACAAAAUACGCUUAAAUAAAUAAGUAUAAUGUUGCAGUGAACAGUGCCUGCUUGUAUGCGCAAACAUAAACCAAUACUGCUCAAUACAAACUGGUAUUUAUGUCAUUAACUCAUUAUAGUUUUUAAGAUGUUAAUACAGUACAGAGCUUUCUUGAAAUACAUAGUAGCAAGUGGUUUGUGGGUGGCAUUAUGAGUCCUCACUCAUAGGCAAUUAAUUUCUCGUGACAAAAUAGACAUUUUAUAGAUUUAUUGUAUUUUUGUAAUGCAGUAGUGAUUUAUAAUGUCGUAGUCAUGAUUAGAGCCUUUGGAAUUUUGAAUGUAGCAGUGAUAGUAUAAUAGAUACUUAUCGACAGCAAGUGCGGUAUCUGUGUAUCAUGUAUCUGACUGAGGCUAGGAUGCGAACGCUGAGCGGCAUGGCAACAUCACGAAUACGAUAGGUGUCCCUCACAUUUUUUUUAUUGUGUUUCAGAUUAUUUCUUUAAGUUUAUCUAAAUAAUUAUUUUAAUAUCUACACUGAUGAGAUGAACUUCGAAACUAGUAUGUGGGAAAGUUAUUUUUAUUUUAAUUGAUUUUGCAUUUUAUUUUUGAAGAGGCUAAUGUCAGUAUUAGCAGGUUUAACAAAACUCUUGAUACAAUCUCAUUUUGAUGCGGAAACCAUACCCAUUAAAAUAUUUUUGAUGUUUCAUAUCUGCCAGAGUUAUCGAUGCCACAUUAUUUUAUGUGAUGUCGUCAGUGUCGCUUGAACGUGUCGUAUCCCUAGAUAAAGCGCCCAAGAGUUACAGUAUAAGUGGAACGAAAAUAGCUUUUUUAAUAUAGCGUGCAUAGACGGUAACUUUAUUCUAAAUUAUUAAAUAGCAAUAGAUUUUAUAGCCUUAUAUACAUAAUACCAAUAUAUUAUGACUUUGUACAAACAACUAACUUAAUCGUCAUUUAACCGUAUCGCUAUAUCCAACUCGACAUCACAUUUAAGGACUCCUUUUUCUAGUACAAUGGCAAGUGGACAAAAAGUAAUUAUUGUAAUUCUUCAUAUAUUAUUAAAUUAUCUUUAAAAUUACACUUAUUAUGUAAAUGACAUUGUUAAACAAAACUAACAAAUAUAUAAAUUAUUUAAACAGGGCCUGAUUACGUGAAAGCUUUCGUGGUGACGUGGUUAUAUGUUUGAAUUUUAUAAUCAUUCUAGGGUAUGUCUCGAAAAGAAUCGUUAAAGAUUAUAUUAUUCUAAAACAAUAAAAUGUAAAUAGGAAUGAAACUACCAGGAUCAGUAUGUAUAGAUAUCUAUGUAUGUAUAGUAUAUUCUUAAUAAAUGUGUUUUGCUCAUGUGUUCGUAGUGAUAAGGAUUAAUUUUCUUUAAUUAUUGUACAUGUUACUGAUUUUUAAAUAUCUAUCUAUAAUCUGAUAUGCAGCUACACAUUUGCGAUAUAAAAUUUUGAAUGUUUGACAGUAAUCUCCUUAUUUUUGUGAUGUGAUUGAAAACCCAGAAUUGAAGUUGUUUGUUAUUGCAGUCUUUUUCUAGCAUGCGGUUUCUGAUUGUGUACUUAUUAUUACAAAGACUCACUGAAAUGUGGUAAGGAACUUGAACCAGAUUUAUAAUGCUAAAGGGUGUCUUUGUAUAUCUGUACUUAGUAAACCAUAAUAAAUAUGCGUGUAUACUAUUUAUAGGAUGAAAACGCACUUUUCAGAAUAAAUAGAACCUUGUUUUGUUUACAUAAUAAAUACACAUAAUAAUAUUUUCAGUUCUCAAUGUUCAUAAACUGAAAGCGCGACACAACGUGGCCUUAACAUUUCUGUGAUGCAGAUUUACCUACCAUUUAAAUGUAUAAACUUCACUUAACUUGCGAAUUUAUGCUGAAGUGUGUUUUCAUCACAAUAAAUGAUUAUUUAAACAACUUUAUGUAACCUGAAAUUUAUUUUUAAAUGAAACAAUGUCUAGUUAUAGAUUUGUAUAAUGAUAUAUAGUUUCACAAUAUUGUUUUUUAUAUAAAUCGUUGUAUGAUAUUAUUUUUCUUGCUUUACUUUUUAUUACAAUCUUCAUUUCUGCAAAAGGACGAUGGUGUAAAUCCAAGUAUUAUUCUAGGUAAUGGUGAAAGCUAUACAACAUAAUUAUUCUUACUUGAUGAGGUACCUGCCGUUUAUUACAUCAUGUGAGCUAUAUUCUUCUGGGGUUGAUUGAUUUGUGCUUCCAACGUGUUUCCUUUUCUUCUUAAUUUUAUUUUCAUUCCAUUCGACGUCAGCGAUUUCACAGUCUGCUUCAUAAUCGCUUGAUAUACCUUUUUAAAUAGUUAUUUUGUAAUAACAAACUUUGCAAAUAUUGUUAUGUAAAGAGAAAGACGUAAAAAUUGAGUGAAUAUUUUUUAUUGUUUGUUGAUAUUACAGGUAAAAUUGUUAAAAUUACUUACAGUUGCUAAGUAGUCCAGAGUUUACAGAACAAUAUGAAUUGCUGUUUUCAGUCAAACUUUCCAUCCAUUGCUGUAAACAACAAUACAUUAUAGAAUAUAA